AUGGCUUGCAAGAUCGCCAGCAUGUCCUCCUCUCUUGCGGCGCUCCUCCUCGGCGUGCUGCUGCUCUCGCGCGGCGGCAUCAGCAACGCGGCGCGGCACCUGGAGGAGCCGGAGCUGCCACCAGUGCCCAAGGGUGAGGAGCGACCGAAGACGGAGCUGCCUCCGCUGCCAACAGGUGAGAUCGCACCACAACCGGCUCUGCCGCCUCUUCCUACAGGUGACCUUGCGCCCAAAGCAGAGCUACCCAAGAUAGACGAGCCGACGAAGACGGAGCUGCCUCCACUCCCGACCGGUUAUCUUCCGCCGAAGCCAGAGGUCGAGCUGCCACCCAAGACAGAGGAGCCACCGAAGCCGGAGCUGCCUCCACUCCCGACCGGUGAGCUUGCACCGAAGCCAGAGCUGCCGCCACUCCCUACCAGUGAGCUUGCACCGAAGCCGGCGCAGCCGCCACUGCCCAAGCCCGCGGAGCCAAAACCAUGA